GCAAAUAACUGUAUAUCACGUUGAAACACGAGUCUUGAACAAACUUCGAAGAAAGGGAUCGCCGGCGGCACCCUCCGAAGACGGAGAUACACCCACUCACUCACCACCACUUUUCCAGAAAAUAACCACCGCCUACAAUUUCUCGGAAUUUAUUUUGCGUUUUGGUGCCUUUGUUGUUCGGAUUUUCAGGUGAGGGAGCUCGUGUCGUGUGUCGUUUAGGGUUAAAAAUGGGGUUUAAGUGGGUGCACUGAUGUCAUUGUUGUGGCUUGUGAUUCGUCAACUUGCAGAAAUCGAGGCAAUGGCUGCAUCUAAGAAACUGAUAACAAGAGAAGAGUGGGAGAAGAAGCUUAGUGAUGUGAAGAUUAGAAAAGAAGACAUGAAUAAGUUGGUAAUGAAUUUCCUCGUCACUGAAGGCUAUGUUGAAGCUGCUGAGAAAUUCCGAAUGGAGUCUGGAACUGAGCCAGACAUAGAUCUUGCAACAAUAACAGAUCGCAUGGCUGUUAAAAAGGCAGUACAAAGUGGUAACGUUGAAGAUGCAAUUGAAAAAGUGAAUGACUUAAAUCCAGAGAUACUGGACACAAAUCCCCAAUUAUUUUUCCAUCUUCAACAGCAACGAUUGAUAGAACUCAUCCGGAAUGGAAAAGUAGAAGAAGCGCUAGAGUUUGCCCAAGAGGAGCUUGCACCAAGGGGAGAGGAAAAUCAAAGCUUUUUGGAAGAGUUGGAGAGGACUGUUGCACUUCUUGCCUUUGAAGAUGUUUCUAACUGUCCUGUUGGAGAGCUGCUUGACAUAUCACAGCGCUUAAAGACAGCAAGUGAGGUGAAUGCAGCUAUACUUACUAGCCAGAGCCAUGAAAAAGACCCAAAACUUCCAAGCUUGUUGAAGAUGCUGCUAUGCGCCCAAAACCAGCUGGAUGAGAAAGCUGCUUAUCCUCGUGUAAAUGAUUUAUCCACCGCUACGUUAGAAGAUCCUGCUGUUUGAAUACUUGUAACGUUUUAAUUUCAGUUUGGGGAUCUAAGGUGAUAGAUGAAGAUAUUGCAGUCAUUGGCAUUAAAAAUUGUGUAUGUACUUUAAUCGAAAGAUAUUUGUUGAAAUUGAUAUCCAUUUCCUAGUAGAUAGCUCUUCCGUUGGUUUUAUACUCUUGUACAAAGAGAUUUGUGAAUACAGUCACCAAUUCUUUUCUUGGACCGAUUGUUAAGGUAUUCUGUUGCA